CAACAAUGACCGAAUGAGGGAAACGAAAGUGAUUGGGACCAAAGGCAUGAGGAAAUCGAAUCUUCGUGGAGGCUUUAUAAACCCACAGCCUCACUGCUGAUGUUGAGGACAUAACUUGAUCACCGAGUCGCAGGCUAUCCUCCUGUUCUUAAGAGACUUUAAACCGAGCAUUCAUCAUGAAUAUUACAAUCACUCUUCUUGGCGGGGAACCACGUCCCCUCAUUGUGCCUCCAGGGACCACCGUGGGCUCGCUGAAAAUACUCAUCUUUCAAAAGUUCCACAUCUCCCCGGAGAGGCUUUCAGUCGACAAGAUAAUUCUCGAUGAUGACUUAAAAGACCUGAGUUUCUAUGGGGUGCUACCCUGUGCGAAUAUUUUCGUGCUGGUCCAAGAGCCCAAGAACAUCCAAGUGUUCCUGAAAACGGAGAAGGGAGAGAAUCACACAUACAACGUCCGACCUGGGGAGACGGUGGCAGGCUUCAAGUUCAAGGUGAAACAGCGGGAAGGAGUGGCUGAGGACCAACAAAGGCUGAUCCAUGAAGGCAAGCAGUUGGACCACGGAAGUCAUACAUUGGUGUCCUAUAAUGUGAGAGAGGGGAGCACCAUCUUCCUAACCGGACGUCUGAGAGGCGGCUAGGACUCGAGAGGCGGCUCGAGCGGUAGAAUCAGGAGUUGGAAACGUUUUGCCUACCCUAUCUCCGACCUAACUCAAAAAGCCUGCGUGUAAUUUAUAUUUUUUACAUUGAUAAAAUGAUUUGGCGAAGAGCCGGCCUUUUCAUUAUUUUAAAUACACAUAUUUAAUAACGAAUCGUGUGUGGGAAGAAUGUAUUUUUUACGAAGGCCAACUUUUUAAAAUCAUUUAGUUAGCAAAUGUAAUGCUAUAGCAAUCUAUGUAGGCCUAUGUAACUCACGUAAGUCAUAGGCUACUUAUGGAUUUUUUUUCAUUUGGCAAUGCUGUAAGGUUAACAUAGAUUGAUAAGGAUUUCUGAACUCGAGAAAUUGUUUAUAGCCAGGCAUGAGGCCCAUUUGCUCUAGCUAUGUGAGAAAGGCUACUUCAAGACAAAGUGGUUGUGAGACACAGGGACUGAUGGCCAUCAAGGCCGACUAACAACUUACUAGGCCGAGUAACAUCUUUGUAGAAGGGAGGGUUCCAACUUCCAGUCCAGCAAUGACGCGCUUGAUCUGCUUUUGAGGCCUCGUGAUCAUGUGUGGAGGUCAGACAUGACGUGGAUGUCCGCCAGGCAGCUAACUCUCUUAAAUAAUAAUUAUAUAUAUAUAUAUAUAUUUAUAUAUAUAUAUAUAUAUAUAUAUAUAUAUAUAUAUAUAUAUAUAUACUCUAAGUACUUUGAUUAUUUCAAAUGUAACGCCUAGCCUAUCGCUGACCCUGAAUGUGUUUUUAUUUAUUCUAUCGUGUUUUAUUUGUUAUCAUUAUAUUAUUCUUGCUGUAUUUUAAUAAUAAUUCCAUGCAUUCAUUCAAACCCUGAGUAAAGUAUCUGAAAGCAACAUAAUGUGAUUUAAUCAAUAAGGUCUUAUCAACGGCCCUGAUCCUCCCACAGAAAACAGGUCAGACAGAAACCACAGAAAAUUUAACCAUGAGGACAUAGAGCAGUGGAGACAGGAUUCAUCCCAGCAAUUCAGGAAUCACUUUACAACCUUUCAAACAUUGGUAUGCAUUUAAAUUGUUUUAAUUAUAGAUAAUGAGUUUGGGUUGUGUUGAGAUGUCAUUUUGGUAUGAAUUUUUCUCAUCCAGAAAUACAGUAAAUAAACUCCUUUAAAUAAAAUAAAUCUG